UCUAAAAACAACCGGUGGUAUGGUCGUGCAAGUGUUUGCAGCGUAACGAACAUCGUCACUAAUAUGUGGCCACGACGGUAAAAAAUAAAUUUUUUAUUGCAUUUAAGAAAUCUGUGUUUAGUGACAAUGUGUUUUUGUAAAAAAAACGAUAGCGAUGGAAACGGAAUCCAACUGUAAGUACUACGUAACUAAGUGUUUGGGCCUGAGUGGUUCAAAAAAACCCGAAUGUGUGUACGACGUCCGAACCGGUAACGUACAAAACCACAAUGGCGAUGGCCCAAAAUCGUUUUUUCGUGUUUUUUACAAAUCGCGUGAAAGAGGUCUAAAGGGCGUAAAUGGCCGCACUUCGAAUAAACCCCGCGAAUCGUACACGCCGUCAUUGGAAGAUGAACAGUUAGCCGGUGUAACGAUCUCUCGUGCUGACAAUAAUCGAAACCGUUCGUUAGAAGAUGAUACUGUUGAGGAUAUCGAAAAAAAAUUUUUGGGCUUCCGUAACGUGUUUGAAAAGUGUAAGGUGAAAAAAGGGGCUAACAAAAAAAAACCUACUCUCUUCAACGUUAGCUCGGGGCUUAGGUUUACUCUAGUAGCCAAUUCAAUAUUCUUGGAUGGUGAGAAUCGUGCAGGAACAUCAAAACAGUCCGGUAUCAAGGAAACUACAGCUGAAGAUGAACUAUGCGCAAGGGUAGAAGACUCUGCAAACAAUAGUUGCCCUAAAGACGUGGCGGACAAGGUUAACUCGUGGAUCGACAAAAAUGAUUACGGCAGUGCAGAAUGCGUUCACAGUGGAGAAGAAGAGGAUGACGAUUGUGUGCCAGUUCAAAAUCCUGAACAAGUUUCUUUCCAAGUAAACAGCGAUUUAUCGGAAGACGAAGCGUCAACGGCAUUCGCACUGGAGGAUCAACUAGUCAGAGUGUUAGAAAAAAAUACUGAGCUUACCAUACAGAAUACAGAUCUACAUAAACAAGUUUUACAACUUCAACAUGCCGCAGGAAACUCACAUCAGGUAAAAAAAGGUUCCGGGCUGAGCUCGGCAUCAGCCCGGGGAAAUUUGGAUCAUGAAAUCGAUGAAAUUCUUAAACUCAUGCAAGAUGCGUCCGACAAAAAGAGAUCGUUGGAAAAAGAACAUAAAGAAUGCAUAAAUCAACUUCAAGAAAAACAAAAAGUGCUUCAGACUAAAUUAUCAAAUAUUAAUUAUGCAGAAAAAACUAGGCUGUGCGAACAUAUUGAAUCAUUACAAUCAAAAAUUAGGGAAUUUGAAAAGAAAAUGGAAUUGGAAAAUGUACGCCAAGAAGAAUUACAGUUAGAAUUAGAACAUCAUAAAAAGACUGCUAUUAAAUCGACAUACAAAAAUACUGACUUGUCACUUAAUUCACCAGCGGAAUCAACAACUUCUAGUAGCGAUCCAAAAUAUAGUUCACUAAAUCAUUCAUCAUUGCCCGCAUCAUUAGAACGAACGUAUUCUAUUGAACAAUUAAGACAACAUAGGAUACAAUCAGCAGGGGACGUCUUAGACACAACCAAUACAAACAAAUCAACAUUAAUCGGUAGAGCAUCCACGUUACCAUCAGAAAUAGACCGAAUAAUGGCAAAAAUUGACCAAGAUAAUCGGGUAUUGGCUGAACUAGAUAAAACAAGAUCGACAAUAGUUGCUGGGGGUCACGGGCAAACUGCAUUGCAACAUAAAGUCAAAAUAAAAAGCGAUAAAACGGAUUCAAACACGGCACCGCUUCGGUCGUGCUUGAAAAAACGCAGUUUACCAAGUACUAGUAACUUGUUAACAUCUGUUCCAAAUUCGAUUCAAGUACAAGAGGCUAACUAUGCUCUAAGUUCUGCACCACAAUCAAUGAAUUAUCCAUACUCUGAGCUUUAUCGUAUGGCCUCUGGUCAUCUUACACAGACAUAUCAACCAUUAACUAUUGGCACGUCGGUGUUGCCAUCUGUUGGACCUUUAACUACCACAACUCCAGCACUUGAAACGGUCAUGUUAGCUACAGGUCAACAAUCUAGAUUAACUCCUAAAGGACGAAUUAUGCCUGCUAUACCCAGUAUAAUAAACGCUCAACAGGAUAUUGAUUAUCAAAAUAAUAUUAUAAACGACGCUCUUGCUUUAAACAUGGAUUCAGCAAAACGCUUAGGGGAAAGACGAAUGCCUGAUAUGUUGGAUAUUCCUGGUAAAGGACAAUGUUACGUGUAUUGCGCUAGGUUUACUUACGAUCCUUUUUACUGUUCUCCUAAUGAAAACUUUGAAGAAGAGCUUCCAAUCACAGCCGGUGAUUAUAUCUUAGUUUGGGGAAAUAAAGAUGAAGACGGAUUCUUUGAUGGUGAACUAUUAGAUGGUAGACGAGGAUUAGUACCCUCAAAUUACGUUCAACAACUAUAUGGUAGAGAUUUAGAGGAAUUUUAUCAAUCAAUGGUAGUAAGACUAAGAGAAUGUGAUGAUAGCGCUACAACUACAGUGCCACAAAACAUCGAAUACAUGCUUCCAGACGAGCAAUUAAAAAGACUAGCUCAACAAGAAUACAAUAAUAUGUUGGAUGACUACCAAGAGGAUGACAAUGUGGAUGAUGAUGACAUGUUCUUCUCGCUGCUAGUACCGGCCCCGAAGCAGUUAACAUUGGAAAGACAAUUGAACAAAAGUGUACUUAUUGGAUGGAAUGCACCUUCGCCUGAAGAAGGAUGUUUACCGGAAUCAUAUCACGUGUAUGUUGAUGGUAAUUUGAAAACAACAAUCAAGGCCACCGAAAGAACUAGAGCAUUAGUCGAAGGAGUAGAUUCUAAUAAGCCUCAUAGAAUUAGUGUACGAUCUGUGACGGCUAAUAGAAGAACAUCGAGAGAUGCAGCUUGUACAAUGGUUAUUGGUAAAGAAAAAGAACUGCCAUUAAGACCAUCUCACGUAAAAGCAAGUCAAGUAACUUCCACGUCAGCUGUUAUAUCCUGGCUGCCUAGCAAUAGUAAUUUUCAGCAUGUUGUUUGUGUAAAUAACGUCGAGCUCAGAACUGUUAAGCCUGGAGUUUACAAGCACACAAUAACAGGUUUGGUGCCCAACACUCUGUACAGGGUUACUGUCAGUGCUAAAACAUUACGUGCACCAACAUUUGAUCAAAAAAGGACGACUACUUCUAUGGAGAAAUUUUCGACUCACAUAAAUUUUAAAACACUUCCCAAAGGCUGCAAAGGAUUACCAGAUCCUCCGUCAGAAAUACAAGUCGAAUCAGGUCCUCAAGAUGGAACUCUGUUAGUAACAUGGUUACCCGUGACUACAGCAUUGAGUGAUCCAUCUAAUCGAGGUUACAUUACUGGAUACGCUGUGUAUGCUGAUGGUAAAAAAGUGUCUGAUAUUGACAGUCCUACAGGAGACCAUGCUUUAAUUGACAUUACACAGAUACUUAGCCUUAAUCCUAGACAGGUGACUGUACGCACAAAAUCAAUAGAUAAUCAGUCACCAGAUAGUAUCCCAGUACCAAUUCCUGGAGCAAAAAAUAAAUCUCCACACCACCAUCAUCACCAUCAUAAGGAGGAAGAUAAAAGAAUGAAGUAUGGAUCAGCAGUUCCUAGUCAUAUGAGACCACAGAGAAAUGCUUAUGGACAAGUUAUUGUGGAUACUGAAACGGAAAAUCUUAGUGACAAAGAAAUUUUUCCUGGUCAAAUGAGUAUACCAUCAAUAGAAGUGACAAAAGAAUUUUCUGGAGAAGGAAAUUACAGCGAAGAAGAAUUUAUUGAAAAUGGUCGAGGAGCUAGACGGACACCUUCUACACACCCCCAUAGACCAGCAGCGCCUACUCCACGUUCUAAGUCUCAACAUCAUACUCGUCAUCAUUAUGAUGAAAGGGAACCAUCAUAUUACCAAAAUGAAAAACCCAUAGAACCUAAAAUGAAACACGGAACUGUUACUGUUAGUAAUAGUGGUGUUGAUCAGCGAGCAUACAGAGGACGAAAUACAGACCCUAGACAAGCUGGAUAUCAAAAAACAUCAAGAGAUAAACGACCUAGAUGGGUUGUAGCUAUUUAUGAUUAUGAUCCAACCACUAUGUCUCCUAACCCUGAUGUUUGCGAUGAAGAACUACCAUUUAAAGAAGGAGAACAUAUUAAGAUUUAUGGAGAUAAAGACCCUGAUGGAUUUUAUUGGGGUGAGAGCAGAGGAAGAUUUGGAUAUGUUCCUCAUAAUAUGGUCAUGGAAUUAUCCGAUGUUCAAAAGGGUCCAGAUAAUAGAGGUAGAAAAGAUGAUCGUUGGAUUGAUCCCUACUCGGGUCCUGUAAAAAAAAUGGUGGCACUGUAUGAUUAUGAUCCUACAGAAAACUCACCUAAUGUUGAUGGAGACCAAGUUGAACUUCACUUUAAAAUGGGUCAAACUAUAUUUAUAUAUGGUGAUAUGGACGAUGAUGGUUUCUAUCGGGGUGAAUGUAAUGGUAUUAGAGGUUUGGUACCCUCCAAUUUUUUAAUGGAAGUAGGUGCUGAUUAUGGCCCUGAAGAUACAGUUGGCUCCCAACAGUCUAAAAAUCAAAUAAGACCUUCGCAGCAUCAUCAUCAGCAACAAAUUCAACAACAACAAGAUAUUAGAGGUCAUGGACCAGGAGCUCGUGGUCCUCCCCCUCCCCCACGUGGUAUUGACCAGCCACUUAAACGAAAAGAUGCCUGCCUUCCGCAAUAUGAUUAUCACCAGAUGUCAGCGGUGGAAGCGAGGGAGAGAGGAGAUCCGUACGAGAGGAGAGAUGGUAGAGACGGGUUGACAGGCUAUGGCCCGUCGCAAACAGGCCAACAGAAUAGUACAUCGGGUAAACUGUUCAAAGGCCUAGCGAAUGUUGUGCCUGACUUUGGCUUAGGCAACCGUUCGCAUGAUAAUCAACAACAUCAACAGCAUCAGCAGCCAGCUGGUGGAACAUCUAGCUUCAUGCAGAAACUCAACGACCUCACACAUCAUAACAACGCCAAUCAACCAACAAACGCGCAGCAACAUCAACAACAACAACAACAGCCCGGUGUAGACAAUAUUCUAUCCAAAGGCAAAGAACUUAUUUUUAUGAAGUUCGGUCUAGGAAAAUGAUGUUUAAUGACGACUAUUAACGCGGUAGCGUUCGACGACGGUACUCACACUACCACAACCACGGUGA